AUGAAGGUGGUGUGGCAGAAACAAGCAAUUCCAACUGCAUGGCGGAGGGCAGGAGGCAUCCUGAUCCCCAAGGAAAAGGACUCUGUGGACAUCAGCCAGUUUCGCCAAAUCAGCCUUCUCAAUGUUGAAGGCAAAAUCUUCUUCAGUGUAGUGGCUCACAGGCUGUCCACCUACCUGGAAAAGAACCAAUACAUUGACACUUCGGUGCAAAAAGCAGGGAUUCCAGGAUUCUCGGGGUGCCUGGAGCACAUGAACAUGAUAUGGAGUCAAAUUCAAGCUGCCAAGAAGGGUGGAAGAGACCUCCAUGUUGUGUUCUUGGACCUAGCAAAUGCCUUUGGGUCAGUUCCUCAUGAUCUCCUCUGGGCGACAUUACGCCAGCGGCACACAGAGGGCGCCAUUCUCUACCAGAAAACUCUGCGGCCCUUCAUGAUGAGGCUGAAUGAAGGCAAAGAAAGCUGUCCUCUGUCCAGCACCAGCUUUCCGCACGUCCUGCCCCUCCUUUACCUGCUGGAGAGAGGCGUGGUGCUGGGCGAGGGGGCGGAGCCUUGGGAGACGGCGGAGGACGGCGUGGAUGUGGUCAUGUUGCAUCUCGAGGCGGCCAGGACCGUGGCACAACUAGGCGACGUCUACAGGUCCAACGCUGAGAGCAAACUGCAAGGUUUCCAGGAGCAGGACGACAUCUUGGAAGUGUUCCAGACCGACUUCCAGAUGAGGCUACUGUGGGGGAGCAGGGGCGCCGUGGAGAGCCAGGCGCCGCGCUACGCCAAAUUCCAGCAGGUGCUGACGGCUUUGUCCAACAGGCUGGAGCCACCCGCGCCCCAGGCCACAAAAACCUGACUUGGGACUCCCGCCAAGACAUCAAUACGCCGUUUUUAGAAGGUCCCCAUAAGGUCUGUUCCCAUGACUCGAGUGUGUGAAGUGUCAAACAUGCAAUAUGCCGGUUUCUAGACGGUCCCCACAAGGUCUGUUCCCAUGACUCGAGUGUGUGAAGUGUCAAACAUGCAAUAUGCCGUUUUCUAGACGGUCCCCACAAGGUCUGUUCCCAUGACUCGAGUGUGUUAAGUGUCCAACAUGCAAUAUGCCGUUUUUUAGACGGUCCCCACAAGGUCUGUUCCCAUGACUCGAGUGUGUGAAGUGUCAAACAUGCAAUAUGCCGUUUUCUAGACGGUCCCCACAAGGUCUGUUCCCAUGACUCGAGUGUGUGAAGUGUCAAACAUGCAAUAUGCCGUUUUCUAGACGGUCCCCACAAGGUCUGUUCCCAUGACUCGAGUGUGUGAAGUGUCAAACAUGCAAUAUGCCGUUUUCUAGACGGUCCCCACAAGGUCUGUUCCCAUGACUCGAGUGUGUUAAGUGUCCAACAUGCAAUAUGCCGUUUUUUAGACGGUCCCCACAAGGUCUGUUCCCAUGACUCGAGUGUGUGAAGUGUCAUAUAUGCAAUAUGCCGUUUUUUAGACGGUCCCCACAAGGUCCGUUCCCAGGACUCGAGUGUGUAAAGUGUCAUAUAUGCAAUAUGCCGUUUUUUAGACGGUCCCUACAAGGUCCGUUCCCAGGACUCGAGUGUGUAAAGUGUCAAACAUGCAAUAAGCCGUUUUUUAGACGGUCCCCACAAGGUCUUUUCCCGUGACUCGAGUGCGUGAAGUGUCAAACAUGCAUUAUGCCGUUUUUUAGACGGUCCCCACAAGGUCCGUUCCCAUGACUCGAGUGUGUGAAGUGUCAAACAUGCAAUAUUCCGUUUUUUAGACGGUCCCCACAAGGUCCGUUCCCAGGACUCGAGUGUGUGAAGUGUCAAACAUGCAAUAUUCCGUUUUUUAGACGGUCCCCACAAGGUCUGUUCCCAUGACUCGAGUGUGUGUAGUGUCAAACAUGCAAUAUGCCGUUUUUUAGACGGUCCCCACAAGGUCCGUUUUGAUGACUCCAGUGUGUGAAGUGUCAAACAUGCAAUAUGCCGGUUUUUAGACGGUCCCCACAAGGUCUGUUCCCAUGACUCGAGUGUGUAAAGUGUCAAACAUGCAAUAUGCCGGUUUUUAGACGGUCCCCACAAGGUCCGUUUUGAUGACUCCAGUGUGUGAAGUGUCAAACAUGCAAUAUGCCGGUUUUUAGACGGUCCCCACAAGGUCCGUUUUGAUGACUCCAGUGUGUGAAGUGUCAAACAUGCAAUAUGCCGGUUUUUAGACGGUCCCCACAAGUUCCGUUCCCAUGACUCGAGUGUGUGAAGUGUCAAACAUGCAAUAUGCUGUUUUUUUGACGGUCCCCACAAGGUCUGAUCCCAUGACUCGAGUGUGUGAAGUGUCAAACAUGCAAUAUGCCGAUUUUUAGACGGUCCCCACAAGGUCCGUUUUGAUGACUCGAAUGUGUAAAGUGUCAAACAUGCAAUAUGCCGUUUUUUAGACGGUCCCCACAAGGUCCGUUUUGAUGACUCGAGUGUGUAAAGUGUCAAACAUGCAAUAUGCCAUUUUUUAGACGGUCCCCACAAGGUCUGUUCCCAUGACUCGAGUGUGUGAAGUGUCAAACAUGCAAUAUGCCGGUUUUUAGACGGUCCCCACAAGGUCCGUUCUCAUGACUCGAGUGUGUGAAGUGUCAAACAUGUUAUAUGCCGUUUUUUAGACGGUCCCCACAAGGUCCGAUCUCAUGACUCGAGUGUGUGAAGUGUCAAACAUGCAAUAUGCCGUUUUUUAGACGGUCCCCACAAGCUCCGUUCCCCCAGAAGGUGUGAAGUGUCCAACAUGGGUACUCACAAGAAACUGUUUGUUCUCUGGGAUCCCGAGUGAGGGUGUGGUCCUCGGUUGUCACGUGACGUCCGGAGAACGUUGCAGACCGCACGUUCUAGCGCAGAACUUUGCCGAGCAUGUUUGUUGACGUUGUGAAGGCUGGACCUCCACGACACGCCAACAGUAUCGCAUUAUUCCCGAAACGUAAUCCUACAUUCCAUUAGCAUGUGACUAUUGGAACAGUUAGCAUACUUGCAAGAAGGAGUCUCCAUAGAAAUUUUGAUGGGCCUGCUAUCUGUGCGUUGAACCUCUGGCCCCGAGGUUGAUUGACACUCAAAAGCUAUCAUAAAACGUUAGCGUGUUACAGUAGGUACGGUUAGUAUACUUGCAAGAAGAAGAUAUGUCCCAAAACCCAUUAGUUUUAGGUUAACACAUAUAUAAUUAGCAACAUGUUAGCAUCAAAUGUGAGCACGCUAACAUUAGCCUGUUAUAAUAGGAACAGUUAGCAUAUUUGCAAGAAAGAGAUGUGUCUCAAAACCCAUGAAUUUUAGCUUUAUACAAAUACAUUUGCAAUUUUUUAGCAUAAAACAUUAGCAUGGUAAUGUUAGCGUGUUAUAAUAGGUACCGUUAGCAUACUUGCAAAAAGGAGUCAGUAGAAAUGUUGAUGGGCCUGCUAUCUGUGCUGUGAGCCUCUGGCCCCCAGGUUGAUUGAUGCUAAACAGCUAGCAUACAACGUUAGCGUGUUAUAAUAUGCACGUUUAGCAUACUUGCAAAAUUUGUCUCAAAACCCAUGAAUUUUAGGUUUACACAAAUAAAUUAGCAAAAAUGUUUGCAUAAAAAAUUAGCAUGCUAAGGUUAGCAUGUUAUAAUCUAAACAGUUAGCAUACUUGCAAGGUGUCUCUGUAGAAAUGUAAACAAAAGGUUUAUGUUUGAAUCCCAAAGUGAACUUAAACACUGGUCUUAUUUUUUUUUCUCAAUUAUUUAACAAACAAAACAAGUUUAAUAACAUUUUAUUAAGGGAAUAAAAGUGUCUUUUUUUAGACAUUUGUGUCAUUUUAACAUCAUUAUGUGAUUUUCACGGACUGAUGACUUGUCAAAGGAAUAAAAACACAUUAACACAAA